AUGUGCUUUUUAAGACGGCCGGGAGCGCCUGCGAGCUGGAUCUGGUGGAGGAUGCUGCGGCAGGUGCUUCGCAGAGGGCUCCAGUCGUUCUGCCACAGGCUGGGCUUGUGCGUGAGCCGGCACCCCGUCUUCUUCCUCACCGUGCCCGCAGUCCUGACCAUCACCUUCGGCCUCAGCGCGCUCAACCGCUUCCAGCCCGAGGGCGACCUGGAGCGCCUGGUCGCUCCCAGCCACAGCCUGGCCAAGAUCGAGCGCAGCCUGGCCAGCAGCCUUUUCCCCCUGGACCAGUCCAAAAGCCAGCUCUAUUCGGACUUACACACCCCUGGGAGGUAUGGCAGGGUGAUCCUGCUCUCCCCACCCGGGGACAAUAUUUUGCUCCAGGCUGAGGGGAUCCUGCAGACCCACCGAGCCGUGCUGGAAAUGAAGGAUGGGAGGAACAGUUUUAUUGGACACCAACUGGGCGGGGUAGUGGAAGUGCCAAACAGCAAGGACCAGCGGGUCAAGUCAGCCAGAGCCAUUCAAAUCACCUACUACCUCCAAACCUAUGGCUCUGCUACCCAAGACCUCAUAGGGGAGAAGUGGGAGAAUGAGUUCUGUAAGCUCAUGAAGAAGCUCCAGGAGGAGCACCAGGACCUGCAGCUCUACUCGUUAGCAUCUUUUAGCCUCUGGAGAGACUUUCAUAAGACCAGCAUCCUGGCCAGGAGCAAGGUCCUGGUAAGCCUUGUGCUGAUCCUGACCACAGCCACCCUCUCCAGCUCCAUGAAGGACUGUUUGCGCAGCAAGCCCUUUCUGGGCCUCCUGGGGGUGCUCACGGUGUGCAUCUCCAUUGUCACGGCAGCAGGGAUCUUCUUCAUCACUGAUGGAAAGUACAACUCCACCCUGCUGGGAAUCCCAUUCUUCGCCAUGGGUAACUAUCCAUCCUUGUGGUAAUUGGAUUCUUGCCGAUUUGGGGCAAGGUAGUACAUUUCUUGAAUUCUCAGGCAGAAAUCUGUUUUAAUUUUUCACUGAUGUGUCUGUGUGUGAUUACAUCAAGUUACUUGGGCUAAUCUCUGCUUCACCUUAUUGGGUCUUUUGGAAAUUUUAGGCUGACCAAGUCAUCUUCCCAUUUAUGUUGGGGAAUUUAAUGCUGUCGGAUAUUCUAAAUUACAUAAUAUAGGAAUUCUCUACUCUGGUUUUUCGAAAAUUAUAGGUCAGGGAUUAUGGAGAUCCAAAACUUACUUUGAAUAAAUUUUGUGCUUCAUAUUAAUGGACAUCUUCAAGUAGUGAUGGUGAAGAGUGAGUAGCAUAGGAUGAAAAUUUGAAGAACCACUGAUAGAUUCUAAUCUCAAGGAACUUCUUCAUUAAUCUUGGUUUAUUCAUUCAUUUCAAAGUUUUUAUAGAGAAUAUACUCCAUUUCCCUAUCUCCUUAUAAAUUAAACCUUCCUGCUACCACCUAAAGAUGUGUCCCCUAAUUUCUUUCAUCUCUGGUGAAAACAAUUAAUGAGCAUCCUCAGUCAAGAUUGUCCCUUCUUGUAAGUUUUCUCUAAGACAUACAUAAAUGUCUAGAAAAUGCUUUGUAAGUGUAUGUGUCUGUGUGUCUGUGUGUGUGUGUUCUUGCAAAAAAAAAAAAAAAUCAAGCCUGGGAA